AGCUCAGAGCAUGUCGCCUCCUGUGGCUGCACCUCACUGCUGUCGACCUUUCAGACCGAGCACAUGAACGCACGAAGCUCCUUUCACGCGUCUCCUCGCUAUGAACCAGGCGGAGACUCGGCGCACUGAGGCGGCUCGGCCUCUGCUCUGAGCCCGGGCAGCAGAACCGGGCUGGUCCCUGACACCAGCGGGGAUUUCUGUUGUUUUUCUUCUCCUGUCUUUUUAGAACUCAACUUGGCAGAGAAGUCGCUCGCUGCUGUUGUCGCCCCGGCUGCCCUGCCGGGAGGAGGCUCGUCCGCGGACACAAAGUGGAGGACAAGUGUGAGAAAGCCGGAGAGCAACAGAUGUUUCUUGGUGGAUAUGCGGCCGGCUGAGGAAUGAGAGCUGCUGCGAGGAACCGGCGGCCCUUCCAGCGGUUCUGCUGCUGUGGAGUCGGGCUGCUCGCCGUCAUUUGGCUCGCUCAGGUCAUCCAGGCACCAGAAACCGAAUCUUCUGCUCUUCGGCCAGACGAGAACGGGGGGACGCCGCGAUGGACUCGCAGGUUGCUGCAGGAGAAGUCAGACAACCAGACCCUGGAUCAGCCUCGAGCAGCCAUCCACGAGUUUCCAGAGGACAUAUUUACCAAGGAGCAGCGGAGGAAAGGGGCUGUGUUGCUUCAUACCCUCUGUGCCAUUUACAUGUUCUACGCUCUGGCCAUCGUGUGUGAAGACUACUUUGUCCCUUCCCUUGAGAAGAUAUCAGAGAACCUACAGCUCAGCGAGGAUGUGGCCGGGGCGACAUUCAUGGCGGCAGGAAGCUCUGCGCCAGAGCUUUUCACCUCUCUCAUUGGUGUUUUCAUCACUAAAGGAGACGUCGGCGUCGGCACCAUCGUGGGCUCGGCCGUCUUCAACAUCCUGGUCAUCAUUGGCCUGAGUGGGAUCUUUGCAGGCCAGACAGUGGUCUUGACAUGGUGGUCUCUGUUUAGAGAUUCCUCCUACUACAUCCUCUCUGUACUGGCCCUCAUUGGGGUUAUCUAUGAUGCCAGAGUCGUCUGGUGGGAAUCCCUGCUCCUCAUGACCAUGUAUGGAGUCUACAUUAUAAUCAUGAAGUUCAACUCCCAGCUUCGGGCGUUGGUGACACGUCAGUUGAGCAACGCUGAGCCGUGCUGCCUCAGAUCAGAUGAUCACAGAGAGGACAAGAUGGGAGAGGACGCCUCCGCAUGCAACACGUCCAUGGUGCUGCUCAACAAAGGACAAUCUCACGGUCAGGAGCCUCAUCCAGUCAUCAUGGUGGAUGAGCUUCUGAUCCUUAACCCCCACAAGCUGUCCUUCUCCGAGGCCGGCCUGCGCAUCAUGAUCACCCCCCACUUCUCCCCCCGCACCAGGCUCUCCAUGGCAGGACGCGUGGUCAUCAGUGAGAGACAGAGGCUGAUCCGGACUUCCAAAAGCCAGCGAGACAGCGAGGCGAGCGCCGGGUCGAGAGGCGGGUCGACCAACAACAGCCUGAAGAGGACGGGCUCCUGCGCUGUGGAGAACGGAGGAGGGAGGCCGGGGAUAGUGGAAGCAGAGGUGGGAGACAAGCCGGGCGUCGAGGUGUGUCAGCAAGAGGAGGAGGAAGAGGAUGAUUAUGGGAUUUUCAGUCCCGUGCGGAUACCAGGUGGCUGCGGUGCGAGGGUGAAGUGGGUGAUCACGUGGCCUCUGGGCCUCCUGCUCUUCUGCACCGUGCCUAACUGUAUUCAGCCACGCUGGCACCGCUGGUUCAUGGUCACCUUCGUGGCCUCCACCCUGUGGAUCGCCAUCUUCUCCUACUUCAUGGUGUGGAUGGUCACCAUCAUCAGCUACACACUAGACAUCCCAGACUACAUCAUGGGAAUAACCUUCCUGGCAGCAGGAACCAGCGUGCCGGACUGCAUGGCGAGUCUGAUUGUAGCACGACAAGGCAUGGGCGACAUGGCGGUGUCUAACUCCAUAGGCAGCAAUAUAUUCGACAUCCUCCUGGGUCUGGGUUUCCCCUGGGCUCUGCGCACCCUGGUGGUGGAAAAUGGAUCAUCGGUCUACAUCAAUAAUAAAGGACUGGUGUAUUCUGUCGUCCUGCUGCUGGCGUCCGUGUUCCUGACAGUGACGAGUGUUCAUCUGAACCACUGGAAGCUGGAUCGUCGGCUGGGUGUGGGCCUGUUGUUCCUCUACGCCAUCUUCCUGCUCUGCUCCAUCCUCUUCGGGCAGAUGUGAGGCCUUGAAGGGUCAAAGGUCGAGCCCUGUCAGACAAACACACCGAGGAACCUACCUGGCUACGACUCGUUCUCUUUCCCAAAGCCAAAUCAAAAGAGUGACAGCGUUGAUGUGUUCCUAGUGAGAGUGUGCGUGCACCUCCGUAAGAUUCUUUAAAGUAACACACAACUUCACACACACACACACAAACACAAACUGAAGUCUUUUAUCAAUAGCACAGUUGUUUUGUCUUUUUCCUCCUUUUCGUGCAGUGAAGUCUUUAACGUUUCAGAUCAGGAAACUGACUGUUCUGGUCGUAGCUUGGUAGUUGCACACUGUUGUGGCUGUGCACCGAUAUUUGCUGAUAUUUAUAAAUCCUAAGUGAGCAAAAAUGUCAAUUCUGUAACAAUGUGAUUUUAUAUUUCAUAUAAUUUUAAUACACAUACAUUUAUUAAUUCCAAAGAAUCCUGUUAAAAUUAGCUACAAAUCGAAACUGCUCGUUCUUGAUAAUGAAUUAUGUGCUAUGAGUAUUUUUCAUUAACACCCUUUGAGGCAUUGACAGACUUAUUAUUGAUUAUCACAUUCAUAGUUAACGUCCCAUGCAUUGUGAAGGUCUUAAUGACACAAAGGUCCGGUUCUGGUCAGGGACCGUCCUUGCAGCUCUUCUCCUCCGUCUGCUGUUCGACUUUAUUUAUUUCUAUUUUUAAUGUUUGUGUUCUGAACGCUGCUACAGCCGGGCAACUCAUCUACGGAUCAUUAAACAGUUGAAUAACAACACAGUGAAAGUUCAUUUUAACAGAGAGUUAUUUGAUCACCUCCGCCAAGGAGGGUUAUGUUUUUCAGCCCUGUCCGUGUGUUUGUUUGUGAGCAGGAUUAGACACGAAAAUAACAAAAAGGAUUUCUAUGAAUCCUUGUCUGAGGAUGGGAUACGGGUCAGGAAAGGACCAAUUCAAUUUAGGUGCAAAUACAGGAUAUAUAUAUUUUUUUUACUCUUAACAUUCUGAGAUAUGAAAUCUUUUCCAUUGAUUUCCCAGGAAAUAAUUUGUAGAUUUUGAUGAACACCAUCAGGCACAUUUGGGGAACUGAUGGUAAAAUUUGGUGUGGCUUAUUUGAAUUUGUUGGGCCUCUAGUUUUCCUGAAUCUCAUUCUGCAGUAGUAAAGGGUUAGGGUUAGGGGUGACCCUAACCCUAGGUAAUGAUUUACUCCUGCAGUUUUAAAUGAGACUAGCCAAUACAAAGCCCCACUACAGGCGAACAACCCAGAACUAAAUAAGCUGGGAACCAUAAUGUGACAGGAUUCAUCAGGCGGCUUAGGUGACUUUUAUUUAACUCAAUAAACAUCUUUACUUUAAAGAUGUAAAAAAAAAAAAAUUACUUUAUGAAUUACUUUGUCAACCAUCAGAUUAUCAACUUUACUGUCGUCCUUAGGUUUGAAUAUGUAUUGAAUGUAAACCCUCGCUUUGGAAAUAUUUACAUGCAUUAAAAUGUAGCAGCAAAGAACCUGUGAAAACACGACAAGGAAUUUUAGCUGUGCAGCAAAGGGCACUGUGUAUGUGUCAGAGGACUUUUAGAACAGGAACACUGAUGUGCACAUUAUUGUGAGAAUAUUUAAAAAGAUUUAUGACUCAUUACCUAGAAGCAAGUAUUGGUACAGGUUAGUGUAUGUAAGAAAAAGGAUUAACCUACAGUUACAGUAUUUUUUAGGAGGUCUUAUUACUACAAAAUGAAUAUAAUGUUCUUCUUUGAGUGUCACAGACUUUGAGUGCAGGUUAGUUGUAAAACGUCACGUUUAGGUACAACAAUGGAUGUUUGUAUUGUUUCUUGUACAUUUAAAGAGAUUUAAGUCACUUUGGUGGAACAUUUUUACAAAGAGCACAAACUCGUAUCAGCGCACACGCAGAAAAAUAACAAUAAUAAACUAUAUAUUUAUACUGUGUGUUCGUGUGUAUUAUAGCAAAUAAUGCUGCAUCUUCCGCACAUAUAUAUAAACCAGCUGCUUUUCUGUUCUGCAGAGAAAAAAACAUUUCAUUCCUGUUGAUAAAAAUGUGUUUUUAGGUUUUGGACGACGACGUGCUGUCCGUUUUUGGUAUUUGCUGUUGUUGAACCCAUGAAUUUCAAAUCUGUUCCACCAAAGGGAUGAGAGUUUGUUUUUUUUGUUUUUUUGGGAUGGCUGUAUAAUUAUGAUUGUCUACUUGACUUAACACUUUGUACCGUUUGUAAAUGUUAAAUAAUUGGCAUAGUUUUACAACAAAUGUCCGACAGAGACUAGAUUUGUGCUGUUUUUUGAUAUUUUCUAAGAAACUACAUAUUGUUAACCUGCUUGUGAAUUAUAAUUGUUAUAACAGAAAUAAUAGAUAUUCUGUCACUUUGUUUAGGGGAACAUGAAGACGUUAACUUUGUUAUGAAUUUUACCGCACUUGUGUAUUUUCAUAUUUGAAUCUUUUCACCGUGAAGUUUUUUUUUUGUUUCAGUGUUGACUCAUCGACAUAUUCAACCUCAUGUCUCCUCGCUUCAUGUGAGGGGAAACACAGAAAGUAAGACUCCGGUUUACAGGUUGAAAUUAAGUAGAAAAUAUUGUUUAACUGUUUUAAAAGUUAAUAAGUUAAAAUUUAUGAGCGUUUAGUUUUUCUUGGACUAUUUUAAUUGGACAUAUACCAAUUAAUGACAGUAAAUAUUUUGCCCUUUUCAUACUAAAUUGUCAAGAAAACAUGAACAUUUCUUUUUUUAGCGACACAAUUCCAAAGUGUAGUCCAAUUCAAACACACUAUGCUUCCCAAUAAUGCAUUUUGAUGUGGUUUCAGGGUAACCGAUCACCUAUAAAAUGUCAGAUUCAAAAAAGAAUGAUCCUCUCCGACAAAAGAUGCACUUUUCUACUUGCACACUUUAAAUGUUUAAUAAAGUGUUGGUAAGUUGACGGACUGAAAGUUAACUGACAGAUAAUCUGAUCAAUCAAUUAUUUGUUUGAGUUAUACAUUGAGAAAAAAAAUGCAGAAUAGUCACUUGUCAAUGCAAAAGGAGGAUUUGGCAUUUUUCUCUUUGAGUCUGUGAAACAACCGAUACACAACACUGGGUAAUUUAUUGAGAAAAAAGACUUGAGGUCAAAAGGUAAUGGAAAUAAUCAUUACUUCCCUUCUAUUAUGUUGGCAUUUUUGGGAGCUCAUUUUUGAAUUUGACCUUGAGAAGAGACAGUCUCCUGACAUCCUCAUUAUCCGUCUAUGUCAUUGUGCCAGGUGAGGACUUACAUACUCAGCUGUUAGGGUAGUAAGGAGUUGUGUUUAAAUCUAGUAAUAAAUUCAAUACACUCUUUGUGGCGAAAGAGGGACGCAGCAGCAGAACGUCUUGGGUUUCACGGCUCGCAGAGGACACUGCGUUUGUUUCGUUGCGACCUUGGGGCUAGACGAUGUGUUCCCAGUUAAAAUGUAUUGAUUUAGAGGUCGUGUUGGAUCAUAGAAGACUGUUGUAUCUUGAGUGCAAUAAAAAAAAUGUGCAAUAACAA